GCACAUUUCACAUUUCAAAGUGCUUUACUGAAGUUAUGUUAUGUCAGAUAUAAACCCAAGAGAUACACAAAGUUGCUAAAUGCUAAUUUUAGUUUAUAGACACUAUACAUAAGUUGAAAGAAGUUAUAUACAAUUUUAAAUGACAACAUUCGCUAAAUAAAUCUUAGAUUUAUGAAAAAAUUCAGAGUGAGAAUAUGUUGCUGCAAUUGUUUUAAAUUUAUGACGUAAAAGUUGAUUAUAAUUUCUUAAAAUGUGGUAAUGUGUGGGUAAUCUCUUUUCUUUUACUGAGGCAGACAGAAGACAGGAUAAACACGUAAAUAAACAUCUUUACGUAAGCAACAGGGGGCAAGCUUUACAAUCGUGUGUGUAUGUGUUCAUACCUUUUUAUUGUUAAGUUAACAAUUCUCCCUUGCGUCACUGGGGAAUGUUUUGUGAAGCGUGAUUGUAGUUUCACAGCAUCAGCAAUAAUUGAGAACUAGAGCCAUAUUCAGAUGUGGAGAAAGGCCUGGCUGAGCAGAAGGCCAGGCUGUGAAAACACAGACAGCACCCCGACCUGCACUGCUAAACAAACAUCUCCUGAAAAUUCAACUUUUGCUUUGCUGUGAUCCACUCCUCGGUUCAACAAAAGUGCUACAUGUAAGUAUAAUUUGACAACAAACCCCUUUUUAUUUCAGCAGAUGUUGAAAGCUAAACAAUCUGCUCAAUAAGUUCUCAGAACUUUGUAAACGUAGCUCAAUGAUUUUUGUGUGUUGGGUAACAUGACAGCCAUGACCUCCAUGCCCCAGACAUCUUUCAAUGAUGCUGUUGUUGUGAUUUGGACAGACAGGACGGACUCCUCCCCCCUGUUGUGCUUGAAAUGCUGUAUAAAUGCAGCAUCAGUGUGUCAGCAGCAGUCUGAACGUUAAUUGGCGCCCAAACAUGAAAGGACUGAGCUUGGUUCUCCUCGUACUUCUCCUGAUGUUCGCGACUGCGGAGGGAGAAGAACCAGAGAUGCAGUAUUGGACCUGUGGGUACAGAGGACUCUGCAGACGGUUCUGCUAUGCCCAGGAGUACAUUGUUGGACACCAUGGUUGUCCUCGAAGAUAUAGGUGUUGUGCCGUGCGUUCUUAGCACUCUGAUGAUGGUCCAGAUAAUCCUGCAUGAUGCUAGGAGACAACCUCUGGAAUAUUAUGCAGAGAUGGUUGACUUGCUGCUUCACCAUCUCAGCCCAGUUUGGUAUCCAAUAAAUUUGGAUCCAACAUAGAGUUUCUGUAGUGGGUAGAAUAAUAGGUACACCACAAUUUUACGCUGCCCUGACCGGAAUUGUCUAGCUUAUUUGCUUUGCUGCCAAUAAAUGCAUUAAAAUAAACAUACUGAUGUUUUUGUUUACUAUCAUUGUCUGAAUUAUUAUUUGGUG